AUGUAUACACACAUAUCUGCAGCAGCUGGAAAAUCAAACUCUAGUUUGGAAAAAAAUGAAAAGAAAGAUGAAAAAGAAAGUAAGCCUGAUACAAAAAUGAUGACUGUAAAGGAUCUAAAAAUGGAUUCUCAGACUUUGCAAGCAGUUUCUAGACCUGAAUCAAAAACUUGCAACCCACCAAGACAAAUUGAUGAUAGAGCUUUGAAAGAUGCUGGUAAUAAACCAGGAAUCAUAGAACAAGAUAAUUCUCCAGCAAGUCAAACCUCUUCUAAUAAUCAGAGAGUGCUUCAUACUGGUCCAUUGCAGCCUCCUGUAAGUCAUAAUAAAAUUAGGGGUCCAGCUACUCAGCAACAGGUGCCUUCCACUCCACAACAGGCUCCUCAGUCUCCAUCUCAGCAGCAGCUACAAUUCCAUGGAGGUCAACAGCAGGCUCCAAUCAGGCAGUUACCAAAGUUGCAUCCCAGUGGACCUCCAACAGGACAGAUAUUGUCAGGUCUACAGAGUCCUAACUUCCAACAAAGUCCUCCUCAGACACCUCCUAAUGUAACUUUACCACCCCAUUCAGUGGCUUUUUCAAAAGCUCCAACAUUACAGGACAAUCCCUCUUUUUUGCACCCGAAUCCAAAUACUCCAGCUCAACAAAAUAGAUUUGGAGGUCCACCUCCUCCUGGACCCAACUCUGGAAUAUUUUCUCAAGGACAGCCUGCUAUGCCUCCUGGUUCACAAGCUCCCCGUUUUGGACCCCCAAAUUCUUUUGGUGCACCUCUUCCUCCACAGUCUCAAAGGCCUCCUGUACCUGGAACAUAUGGACCUCCAAAUCCUCCACCUCCCCAAGGACCAGGGAAUUUUCCACAAUCAUCUACUUCCUCACCUUCUCAGUUCAGUGGCUAUAACCAACAACCUUCCCAUCAAAAUGCAGGAAACUUUCCACAGAAUCAACCUCCUGCUCAAAAUUAUGGAGGACCUCCUGCCCCUCCACAAGUAGCACCCUUUGGUCAGCCCCAUGCACAGCCACCUCAAAUGAACUCUGGACCAUUUGGCAAUGUGCCUAAUUCAAAAGUUCCUAAUAGACCCCCUGCUACACCAAAUUCAUUUGGGGGACCACCUCCUCCACUACAGAUGGCAAAUUUUGGAGGUUCCACCCAGUCUUCACAUCAUGUUCCACCUUCUGCACCUGGAAGCUUUCCAGGACAACCCCAGAUAUUGCCUCCCCAGUCAUCAGCUACAUUUGGAAUGCCAUCAGGUGGACCUACUCCCCAAAUGACUCAUGCAGGGAGCAUAUAUGGAAUGCCUCCUCAACAACCUGGUUCACUUUUGCCUUCUCCUAUUAAGCCCGGAGAAGAAAGAAAUGUGUUUGGAAAAUAUGGUCAAGUUGUUCUGAAGGAGAAGACUGCGAUCAAGCAGGAAAAUUCCUCAUUGGACUAUGAUCCAUCAAUGCCCACAGAAGGUGACUCACCAGUUAAACUUGCCUUUGAUGAUGACAUCAAGCUAGAAAGAGACCAGAAAUCCUUGUUAGUAGUAAAUCAAUACCUUUUAAGAAUUAGAUCAAUUGAGUAGUGUUGAAAUCCCCCUCCACAAUAUGUUAGGUAUCACAAUACUUGGGUCACAAU